GUAAACCAGUACAUGCUGCAGUUUUAUCGUAGCAUUUUUAGUGUCUUUCCUUAGUGCGUUCAACGGACAGAGCCGGAGGCAAUCUGCAAAUAACUGAAUUGUGGCAUCGGUGUGCCUUAGUGCCACGGCAGAAAGCAAGUGCGACAUCGGAAUGACACGCCAUCAGUAACCACUAACCAGUGAACCCCCACUCCACUGUUUCCGCCAGUCAGGACAAUCGCCAUGGUUCCAAUUAUUAAAACGGAUUUGAAUGGGAACCAGCUCUCCGCCUGCGCGGCAACAAUGAAAGCUCUUUUCAUGGAAUGUGUUCACGACCCCGAUUCACCGAUUGUGCAUUCAGAGAUCCACGAAGAAUGGAAAAAAUGGGAAAAGACUGCAAACCUAAUGGAGCACUUUCCGGUAGGAGAAACUAGUGUUUCUAUAGCUUCUUGCCUAAAGUACCUGGCCAGACGGCACGGUCUCCCGCCGUCGAUGGUGAAGUAUUUACUUUCCAACUUACGCUCGAUGCCGGAUAAGAAUCCGGAAAUUUCCCGCGAAUCUUUCCUUAACCAACAGAUCGCACAGUGUCUGAAAUACUGCUCGAAACACGAUCCAUCGAGUAUCAGUGCGGACGAAAUUAUAGCAGCUUGUACUAUCACCCUGGAUGCGGAUGUCACGGAUGCCCUUCGCGAUCUACCUUUGCACACUGGGGAUACCGUUUCGCAGCUGGUGCAGUGCAUCAUCCUGAAGACCAGUGUAUGUUAUGCUGGUGAAGAAGCAGACUGAAAUCGCCUGGUCCAAUUUGCUUUUAAAUACAUUUCAGCUGUAAAUGCUGAUACAAAAUCCCAGCUGCAAGAAACGCUGCAGGCAAUGGCGUUGUCGGCGGAUAGCGAGAAGCCGCCUGCAGGGGCACUAGCGGACAUAGCCAGUGAAAAUAGCAGCUUGUCAAGCGGUCGCCUAUUUGCCAAUGGGCAGGAAAUGCUUAGCCGAUGCGUGAAUUCGAGAAAAAGAGCAGUGAAAGCUGACGCUGUUAAGACCCAACAAACGGUCACCACGGUGUAUAAGGAAAAUAUGACCGAGAAAACGGAAAUUCAGCGGAUUGAUUUGGCUAAAGCGUUAAGCAGCAAUCGCCUUAGCAGUCGUGGAGCUGCGCAUAAGAUGGAACUCAAUCUGGCACUGAGUAGCAAUGGCAGGAGUGUCCGCUCGUACUUCCGCACCACCGCGCAAGAAAUCCAUAAUCUUCUGGACCGAGCGCAGGCGAAUAUACCCGUAUGUCAGGACGACAUCGCUUAUCUGAAGGAUAAAUUCUGUCACGGUUACGUGAUGAAUUUAAGGGAGGACCGCAUGACGACCUUUGCCAAUAUCGCGCUGACCUUCUCAAUCAUCGCCAAAAAUCAGGUCGUCGACGUGGCCACACAGCUGGACUUGGCGAAAGCAACGUUUGACGCCUCCUUGGAUAGCAGUUACGAUGGCUGCCGGUUGAAGUUCCUGAAAAUGUUUCAGCUGUGUGCUGAAUCCAGCAAUGCGAAACUGCCGGAAAACGUCACGAAAAUCUUGCGUGAAUUUCAGAAAAGCAGCGAAUGCACACGCGAUAUGAAGAAAAUUUUGUGGAUCAUUCUGAAGAAAGACGACAGCAACUUGCAAGACAGUUUCGCCGCCGCCCUGGAGAUACUGCAGCAUACUAAAGGAGAACAGGAUGAAAUGGCCCGAGACAGCACUGAGUAUAUCUGGGAACAAGUUGCCAAUCCUGUUCGAGCGUUGCACCUAGAGGAACGCGUUUCUUUUUCCUCCACGCUGAUUGCCAUAUUAAUCGGCGCCGAAAAAAGUUACUACAGUUUAGAUACAGCUUCGCAAGUGGCUGCCAUACUAGAUGACUUCCUGGCGCAUGAUCCUGAAGAGCUUCCCCGAGCCCUCAAAGAGGGGUUUGAGGCCCGGUUGACCAACUUCCAAGAAUCCAGCCACGUGUAUGCCAGCUGGGGUGAUAAGGAUUCCGAACCGCACCAAAAACUGUACAAAAAGAGCAUCAUUGGGAUUAUCCUUAAAACAGUGAGCCAUCCGAAAUUUGACUCUGGACCUUCGACUAUCAGUUUACUGGACAUACUCUCGAUUCUGGUGCAGCCUGCACUGGACCCGGACACAGACCAGCGCCUGGCAGCCCAUAUCAUAAUCGUCCUAGGAAACGUGGCAAUACAGAAGAAAGUGAGUCACAUACCCGGAGUGGAGCGGCUGGCCUCACGUCUGAGGAUAAAGGACGGUGUCGAUGCAGACGGUGUGAUCUGGUUGGAUUCUGAUCAGAUGGCAAAGCCCAUGGGCUUCAAAUACGUUUCGGCGGUGAUUGCGCAGAUGCUGCUCCAGUUAAUUUUUACCUCCAAGGAACCUCUGCAGUACGCCACCACCCUCGAUGAAAUAACGGCAGCAAUCGGCUUGAGCCCUGAUAAAAACACGCAGAUUCGCUGUGCGGAAUGCGUUUUCCAUGCCGUGGUGAACCGUUACCCCAACAUGACCGAGAAGUAUUUGUGGUUGCUGCUUCCGCUUACGAAAAGCGCGGUCGCUGACAUUCGAAUCAACUGCACGGCCGCUUACUGUCUUUUACUGGAGCAUUUGACGUACAGCGAAAGAAAACAGACAUUGACCGCGAGCGAACUGACUGAUUUGGCUCUCAUGUACACCUUUGAACCGGUUGUACUGCUUGGAUGCGAUGGAAAACUUAAUCUUAAAUGGGAAUCAGCAUUUUGAAACUUGUGC